ACGCCCUGCAGCCAAUAGCCCGGCGCAGCCCACGCGUGUGCCCUGCUGCCAUUGGCUGAAAGUUACUGUGGGAAAGAAAGUUUGGGAAGUUUCACACGAGCCGUUCGCGUGCAGUUAGCGCUAUAUAAAGCUGGAGCCAAUGAGAGGGCGCUCACAGGCACGCAGGGCAGCCAGCCAGCCGGACCGGGACCCUGCCUGCAUCAGCCGCAGCCCGCUGCACACACACGCACCGCCCGCAGCAGGCACCUCACCUCGUCCCCGGAUACCCUCGCCUUGCACUGCGCACACUAGGCUAUAAGGACACUGUGUAUUUGGCUGCUUGGGAGGACAUCCCCGUGCUAGGAGAAGAUGCCCGCUGAUAUGAUGGAGAAAAGCUCCUCUUCUCCUGUGGCUGCCACCCCAGCCAGCAUGACCAGCACCCCAGACAAACCCAAAACGGCUUCUGAACACAGAAAGUCCUCUAAACCUAUCAUGGAAAAGAGAAGGAGAGCAAGGAUCAAUGAGAGCUUGAGUCAAUUGAAAACGCUUAUCCUGGAUGCCUUGAAAAAAGAUAGCUCCAGGCACUCAAAGUUGGAGAAGGCUGAUAUUUUGGAGAUGACAGUAAAGCACCUCCGGAACUUGCAAAGAGUUCAGAUGACUGCUGCUCUCAGUACAGACCCAACUGUCCUGGGCAAAUACAGAGCUGGUUUCAGCGAGUGCAUGAAUGAAGUAACUCGAUUCUUGUCCACUUGUGAAGGAGUCAAUACGGACGUCCGAACCCGGCUCUUGGGACAUCUGGCCAAUUGCAUGAAUCAGAUAAAUGCCAUGAAUUACCCGACUCAGCCUCAGAUUCCAGCAGCUGCUGCCUCGCAUCCAGCUUUUGGGCAGCCUCUAGUUCAGCUCCCUGCAAGUGCUCCCCAAGGAAGCCCAACUCCCAUGGGUGGGGUUCCCUGCAAGAUGGGUGGCCCGCCGGUCGAAGCUGCCAAGGUCUAUGGUGGCUUUCAACUGGUGCCAGCAUCAGAUGGACAGUUUGCCUUUUUAAUCACCAACCCAGCCUUCCCACACAAUGGAUCUGUAAUUCCUGUCUAUACUAACUCGAAUGUGGGCGCUGGGCUGCCGGCUCCAGUGUCCCCCUCUGUUAUGCCAUCAGUCACUACAGACUCUGUGUGGAGACCCUGGUGAAAGAACUGAAAUGGACUAUGGAGAACUUUAUUUAGAAGUUUUAGUUACAAAUAUUAAUCCUUCAUUUUGUAGCGAGAAUGCACUAUGUUUGUAAAUAUGAUGUUCAUAUUGAAUGCGCCCUUGUAUAAUAAGAUUGCAACUUAUAUUUCGUUUGCACACGAAAUUGUUAUCUUAUGAUGCCAAAGAGAUGGAAAUAUACUCUUGGACAUUUCUUCCAUUUUUGGAAGUUUAUUUGUAAAUAAUAAAACUGCACAUUGUAUUUUGAA